AUGUUAUGGUCCCCGAAUGUAUGUCUGGUUAAUACAAAAUCAACUACGGUGCAUACAUCGCCGAAGCCGAACGUACUGUUAAUGUUGAUGCCUAAUGGAACAAUCUGGCUUAACUACAGGGUCAAAAUCGAGUCACCAUGUUCGAUGAACUUAGAACGAUUUCCUAUCGAUCAGCAGUCGCACUUUGAUGUUGAGGUCUUCGAAAGCUACUCCUACAAUACUGCUACAGUAAGAAUUGAUUGGAUGCCUGUAGCGAUUACGGUACUUGAUGACAUCAGCCUACCAGAUUUUGACCUUGCUGGCUUUCGCACUUUCAAGCAUACCGAGCAAUACAAAGCCGGUGAAUGGUAUCGCUUGACUGUUGAGCUGACAUUCAAACGACGAUAUGGAUUUUACAUUCUACAGAUGUAUUUCCCCACCUAUAUCUCAGUAUUUAUUUCGUGGAUUGCCUUUUGUAUCGACACCAAAGCUCUUCCAGCAAGAAUUGUGCUAGGAGUAAAUUCGUUGAUGUCACUCACUUUUCAGUUUGGUAACAUCAUACGUUCACUUCCGCCAGUCUCUUACAUCAAGGCAAUUGAUAUCUGGAUGUUUACCUGUGUUGCUUUCAUUUUCGCCUCAUUGCUGGAGCUUGCAUUUGUUGCUUAUCAGGUAGAAAAUUAUUGA